CAGCCAGGGGGCUGGGAGUGAAGGUCACAGAAAAGACUUUCGGCUCAGACUCAGUUCACCCAGCAGUUUCUGCCUGAACUUCCAUCCCCCAACUUUAUCUUAGAAUUUCCCUGGGGAGGGAGUGGGGCCAGUUCUCAGGGCUCCUGGCUGGAGAAAAAAAACAGUCCCCAGUCCCAGGUCACCCCUCCUUCCCAACCCACCCAGGGGAGGCUAGGGACUGCUAUGGGAUGAGGGGCUUCCCCAGACGCUGUGUGCUGGGCCCCCAGCCUGGAGAGGUGGAGGAGGGGUGGGUGGAUAGCCUGGGUGCCCUGAGAGGGUGCCGAGUGUGGGGUGGGGCAGGCCGGAGCCCUCCUGACCUCUGUGGAAUGGGGCCAUACACUGGGAGAGGCAUCUCUGUGUUGAGCGCUCAUCAGGAGGCUUGUGGAGUACGCGGGGAGAGGAGGGCCCCUUGGAGAGCCAGCUAUGAAAUGAGUGUGCUGCAUGGCUCCAGAGCCCUGGUUUUGAGUCUGGGUUUGUCCCUUCCUUGGCUGCAUGACUGGGAAGGUCAGUAGCAUCUCCGGGCAUUGGGGAUGGGACCCCAUCUUUGGGGCCGCCUUGAGCUCAUGCUCUCUUUUCUCCUGGGGGCCGAAGCCUCCCACCCUUAACUGUGUUUGUAGCACCUUGGGGGACGGGGGCGUGGAGUGAGGGGCUGAGCUAUCCCCAAGGUCCCCUUCCUUCCCCCACAGCCAGGGUCCCUCACCCAGUUGGGAAAGCCCCUGAAGUUAAAUAGCAAGAGACAAACACAGUGUACGGGGGCAGUGGGGUGGCAGGUGGAGGUGGCCAGAGGGGACGAGGGGACAUGCGCACCAUUGAGUUCAGUGGUCAGGUGGGAUGCACCACAGGCUCCUGAGCUUUACCACCCUGCCCCAGCCACCAUGUAUGCCUGAUGGCAGCAGGGGCCCCAUCUGACCAGGUUCAAAUCCCAGCUCUACGCCCUUCUUGCCUGGGUAAGAGGCUGACCUGUGCCUCAGUCUUCUCAUCUGGCUAAAAGGAGGAAUACUAGAGCCUCCACAUGGGGCUGUUGGGGGGUACUAAAUGCUGAACUACCCCCGAGAGCUCAGGACAGAGAUGGAGCAGGCACCAGUCCCUGUUUGCAUCAGCAUCUCACUGGCAAUCAGAUGGCUGGGGUCAGCCGCUCUGAGCUUCAGUUCUGGCAUGGAUCAAAUUGGGAGGGGCGAGACCCACCUUGCAGGGUUGUGGUGAGGACAUAGGCGUCCGUGGGUGUGACAAGUUUUGAGUUAUGAAAGACAGGGCACAUGUGGGUAUGCCUGAGGACCCAGGCGAGGGAGCUCUGGACUUGAGGCCCUGUGCUCCACUUGCUGUCACCUGAGGCUGGGCUUCUUUCACCAUGCGAGCUUGAGUGGGAUCCUUGGCCUCCCUGAGGCUCAGCUUCCCCUUUGCAGAAUGAGGGUGCAGCCUCAGUGACUGCCAAGCACCCCCUCAGCCCUGAGCCCCUCUGGCACCCCCACACCGUCCUCCCCUGGACUUUGCUCUGUCUGUGCAUCGCUGCAGCCCAGGCGGCGGGAAGCAGACUCCGGACGGCACUUUCUCUGCCUGCCUGGCUGCCUCUAGGCUGGGCCUGUGGUUUGCCCCUAAUCUUCCUUUGACCUUGUGCCCCUUUGUCCCCCGCCACCUUCCUCCCACCCUGGGGCUCUCUGAAGGUCCUGUCCUGGGCAUGGGGUCAUCCUGAGGCUGGGCCCUCCCUGAGGCAACCAGGGGGACCCCCACACAAAACACUGGUGGUGCCCUUGCCCUUGCCAGGCUGGCAUGAUUAAGCAUGAAGGGGCACAGGGGCUGUGGGAGUCCGUCCCCUGGUUGGGCUCUCAGGGGCUGUGGGAGUCCCCUGGUUGGGCUCUGCACUCUUUGGGGUCCCAGCCCUGUGCCCUCUGGGGGCUGUGACCUCCUGUGCUACUGGGGGAUCCCAAGAAAGAGGUGAGCAGCCUCCACCCUGGAGAGAUCAUGCUCCCGUGGAGGUGAUGGGCCAGGCUAGGGCAAGCCCAUGGUACCCAGGACAUGCACCUGCUGGUCUGUCUGUGCCCUGCUGGGCCCUGACUCCCAGGGCAGGGAGGGUGGCAGCCUCACCUUUGGGACCAGUGUCUGGCAGGGUGGGACAGCAUGAGGGAGUGAGCCUGGAAUCCCUGCUCCACCUCUUGCUGUGUAUGAGAUCCUGGGCAAGUUAGGGGCUUGGAGUCUUAGUUUCCUCAUCUGUGUAAUGGGAUAAUAAAGCCAUUGGGCAGCUUAUGUGAGGCUGUUGGGCAUACGUGAGGCACUUGGCCCCAGGCCUGGCACAGAGUAAGUGCUCUGUGCGUAUGACGAGUAUUAGUAGGUCACCAGUGCGUGUUUACCGUCGUGUGAGCUGUUGUGGUGGGAAGACGCGUCCGGGGAGUUCCCGGGGGGAGGAUCCCUGCCUGGGAGCUGGGCAGUCUGCCCUGGCUCAGAUUCCGGAAGGGCAUCUUAUCCGCUGCAUGACCUUAGGCAAUGUACUUCACCUCUGUGUGCCUCAGUUUCCUCACUGGGAAAUGGAGAUAAGAGUACUGCCACCAGAGGCCCUUACUGCAGCAUUUAGAGAUGUAAGUGGAGCCUGGCAUACGGUAACCUGUCAGCCAAUAGUUUUGGUGUGGUGAAGGGGGUGGCAAGCAGUGUGGAGGUGGGUUCUGAUCCUGGCUCUGUGCUGGGCUCCUGAUGUGACCUUUAGCAAGUCUGUUCCAUUUCUGGACCUCAGUGUCCCCAGAUGUAGAACAAGGGACUGGGCUUGCUCAGAGAGCCUUUGCAGCUCUGACAAUGUGUGGGCCUCUGAUUCUCAUUCCUGUGACAUCUGCCUUGGGAGAUGGAACCUAUGGCUCCCGGGGCCAGGGCGCAGGUCCCUGCUCCGUGCCGGCUAUGACAUAGAACCCAUGGCUCUUGGGGCCAGGGCGCGGGUCCCUGCUCCGUGCCGGCUACGACGUAAGCCGUGAUACAACCCAGGGCCACCCAAAGCGCUCUGCUUUUUUUUGCAGUACUGAGGCCUCUGACCACACGCAUUCAUUUUACUGCAUUUAUUGAGCACCAACUGUGUGCCAGGCCCUGUGCCCAACAGUCCCAGGAGUGAGUGCCCUGCUGGUCCAACCCCUGGCCAAUGCUGCCCUGCUACCAGCCUAGAGAAAGGAACAAGGCGCUGUUUGAAAUGGGUUUGAAGGAUGGCAGGAUCUGCAGGGGACCCAGGGAAAGGAUGGACUUGGGAAGGACCUUUGGAAGACAAGUGUCAGUCUCCUGGCCACCUGGAGCCACUGGCUUGUGCAGGGCUUCCUUCCUCGGCUCCACCCUGUGGAUGUAAUGGCUGCUCCUGCUCUGUCCUGCUGUCUGCCCCUCCUCACCCUCCUCCUGUCCCUGCCGACUCCUUGGGCAUCUGAAGCAAUGAACGGCACCUCCCAGCUCACAUGCUUCUACAACUCGAGAGCCAACAUCUCCUGUGUCUGGAGCCAAGCUGAGGCUCUGCAGGACACCUCCUGCCAAGUCCAGGCCAGACCAGACAAACGGCGGUGGAACCAAACCUGUGAGCUGAUCCCUGUGAGCCAGGCAUCCCGGGCCUGCAGCCUCAUCCUCGGACCCCCGGAUUCUCAGAAACUGACCUCAGCGGACACUGUCAACCUGAGGGUGAUGUGCCGUGAAGGGGUGCGGUGGAGGAUGAUGACCACUCAGGACUUCGAACCCUUUGAGAACUUUCGCCUGAUGGCCCCUAUCUCCCUCCAAGUCGUCUACAUGGGGACCCACAAAUGCAACAUAAGCUGGGAAAUCUCCCAAGUCUCCCACUACUUCGAAAGAAAACUGGAGUCGGAGGCCCGGAUGCUGUCCCCAGGCCGCACCUGGGAGGAGGCCACCCUGCUGACCCUCAAGCAACAGCAGGAAUGGAUCUUCCUGGAGAUGCUCACCCCAGACACCCACUAUGAGCUUCAGGUGCGGGUCAGGCCUCUACGAGGCAAGCACACGACCUGGAGUCCCUGGAGCCAGCCCCUGACCUUCAGGACGAGGCCUGCAGCCCCUGGGAAGGACACCCUCCCGUGGCCCGGACACCUUCUUGUGGGCCUCAGUGGGGCCUGUGGCUUCGUCAUCUUGGUCUACUUUCUGGUCAACUGCAGGAACACUGGACCAUGGCUGAAGAAGGUCCUGAAAUGUCACACCCCAGACCCCUCGAAGUUCUUUUCCCAGCUGAGCUCAGAGCAUGGAGGAGAUCUCCAGAAGUGGCUUUCCUCGCCCUUCCCCUCAUCGUCCUUCAGCCCUGGCGGCCUGACGCCUGAGAUCUCACCGCUGGAAGUGCUGGAGAGUGACAAGGCAACGCAGCUGCUCCUGCAGCAGGCCAAGGUGCCUGAGCCCGUGCCCUUAAGCAGCAAGCGCUCGCUGACCAGCUGCUUCACCAACCAGGGUUACUUCUUCUUCCGCCUCCCGGACGCCCUGGAGAUCGAGGCCUGCCAGGUCUACUUUACUUAUGACCCCUGCGCGGAGGAAGAGCCUGAUGAGGGUAGGGCCGGGGCACCCACAGGGUCGUCCCCCCACCCCCUGUGGCCUCUGUCAGGGGAGGACGAUGCCUACUGCACCUUCCCUGCUGGUGAUGACCUGCUGCUCUUCUCCCCCAGUCUCCUCAGUGGCCCCAGCCCCCCAAACAAUGCCCUUGGGAGCAGCGGGGCCGGUGAAGAGAGGCUGCUCCCUUCCCUGCAGGAGAGAGUCCCCAGAGACUGGGACCCCCAGCCCCUGAGGCCUCCCACCCCAGGAGUCCCAGACCUGGUGGAUUUUCAGCCACCCCCUGAGCUGGUGCUGCAAGAGGAGGGGGAGAAGGUCCCUGACCCUGGCCGAAGGGAGGGGGCUGGUUUCCCCUGGGCCAGUCCUCCUGGGCAGGGCCAGGUGAGGGCCCUUAACUGUCGCCUGCCCCUGAACACUGAUGUCUACUUGUCCCUCCAAGAACUCCAAGAUCAGGACCCAGGUCACUUGGUGUAGACAGAUGGCCAGGGUGGGAGGCAGGCAGCUGCCUGCUCUGUGCCAGGCCUGAGCAGGGGCCUGUUGAGGACUCUGUGCCCAAGCCUAGUCCACUGCUGAGGACACUUGGUGUCCAGUUGCCUCUGGAUGCCUCUACCCAGAUGGCCCCCACCCCCUGCACACUUGGCCCAUCCAUUUCUGAACCUCCAUUGCUGUUCCCUGGGCCCGCUGCCCGAGCCAGGAACUGUGUGUGUUGCUGGGAGAGGUAACUCCUCAAUUCCCUCUUCAAUCACCCAGUCCAGUGAGUUUAGUCUCUGAAGCAUCGCUCCUCUCCAGCCCUGCGGCUAUUCCCCAUCAGUCCCCGAAGCGCUCCAGAGCUCCUCGCCCGACCUCUUCCCUGGGUUUCUACCCCAGCCUCCUCUCCUCCCCCUCCAUAGGGCAGCCUGAGCGAGCUUUCCAAAACCCAAAUAUGGCCAUGCCUCUCCCCCUUUCACAAAUCUUGCAUGGCUCCCGCUGCUAUCAGCCUCGCUCCUCAGCCUGCCACCUACACUCAGCCUGGCACCUGCACCUCCCGCAUCAUGUGAGGACAGUCCCUUCGGCAACCCUCCCUACAGUUCUGAGCUGCUCAGAGCUCCCGCACACCCCCUCUGUCACACCUGCUAUUCCCUGAGGGAAGCACUGCCUCCCUUCAUCUGCCAGAAACUUCUAGCGUCAGUGCUGGAGUGUGAAGCUGUCAGGGAACCAGGGAGACUGGAGAAAGAGGCCCUGUUACUUGGGAUCUCUGAGACCUCAGAGUGCUUAGCUGCGGCAUCCUUCAUGCUAGGCCCCAAGUAUGGGCACAGGUCCCCCCACAAAGUAGACACCUGCUGCAUCUUCCCACAGUGGCUUCACAGACCCACAAGAGAAGCUGCUGGAGAGUAAACCCUGCAGUCCGAGGCCCAGGAAGCAGCCCCUCCUAGUGCUGGGCCCUGAUGCUGCCAGGCCUGGGACCUCCCACUCCCCCUCCACUGGAGAGGUCUUUUCUGCAGGGGUUGGCACACUGGUCUCAAAAGGGCAGCUCCACAGGGCAGGGUCUCAUUAUCUUUUCACUGCCCUGGACACAGUCCCCAGCACCCCAUCGUAUACCUUGGAUGGACACGUGAAUUACCUGGCACCACCUCGUCUGGGCUCCCUGCACCUGACAUUCACACAGACAGGCAAAGUCCCAUGCCCAUGAGGUCUGGCAUGCCCCCUUCUGCAAGGGGCUCAUCCGCACACCUCACAGUCUUCCCCCUCUCACACAACUAGCCCUUCCUUCUUGUGCCUGUGCCUGUGCCUGUGCCCGUGCCCGUGCCCGUGCCCAUGACCGUGCCCCUCCCCUCCCCUCCCCUCCCCUCUGCCCCAGGCAGAUCGCAUUGCACCUGCACUUAUAGGCCCUGCUCACAGCUGAUUGGGCACUUGACCACAUGUCCCCAUAGGCUGAGCAGUAGCCUAUGAGGGGGCUUGGCACCAAGCUCUGUCCAAUCAGGUAGGCCGGGCCUGAACCAGCCAAUCAGAUUAUCUCUGUCUUGGGCAUUUGAACUCAGGGAGGGAGGCCCCUGGGACCAGGUGCUUGUGGACUAAGCUACCUGGAGAAGGUAGACAAGAAUUGAGCCACUAAGCAGAGGACCUUGGGCUCCCAAUACAAAAAUACCUACUGCCGAGAGGGCUGCUGACCAUUUGGUCGGGAUUCCUGUUGCCUUUAUAUAUAAAAUAAAUUCCCCUUUCUUGAGGUUGUCUGAGUCUUGGGUCUGUGCCUUGGAAAGAGCUUAAUCACAGGACGGUCUCACCUCCUGCCAUAGGGUCCUGCAUGUUCCAGACCACAGGGAGCUCCACACCUUUGCUGUGUGUCCUAGGGCAACCUACUGAACCUCUCUGCCAGUCAGUUUCCUUAUCCGCCAAAUGGAAAUUGUAUUUGCCUGCUCUGGGAGGCUCCCACGUCUUGGGAGGGUUACAUUUUUUAAGUGUAUGCCAUUUGUGAUCUUAGUAUCUAUACGUCUGUAUUUUUUAAUGAUCUGUGUGUACUAUCUUUGUGAUUAUUUUCUUAAUAUUUUUUCUUGAAGUCAGUUCAUUUUUUGUUAAAAUACAUUUAUUUAAAGAAAAAUAUAUUACUCUGUAAAUGAAAAGAAAACGAUUUUCACUAUAAAUAAAAGGUAACUGUACGAAGUAAGUUCAAUGC